CCGACAAACAUGGCUGGGCGGGUUGCUAACUUGCCGGCCCAGGUAACUGCACUCCUGCUCUUUCUCGCCUGCGUCUCCGGAUCCACCGACUCUAGGAGCAGAGAAAUUCGGGGGGCGCCGAGGAUCCCUUCCCAGUUCAGCGAGGAGGAGUGCAUGGCUAUUAAAGAGGCGCUGAAAGGUGCCAUCCAGAUUCCCACAGUGUCUUUCAGCCCUGAGAAAUCCAACACCACAGCCCUCGCUGAGUUUGGAGAAUACAUUCGCAAAG